CACAAUUCCUGGUGAAGCUAAAAAGGAACAAUGGCGGAACCAAAAGAAAUGGAAGAGCCUCCAAAAACCUCAUAAACCCUCUUCUCUCUGUCACACACUCACGCGCACGCGCACGCGCAAAGGCACAAACAAGAACCUCGAAGCUUCUCAGAGGGACAGCAUAAUCAUUCAUUUCGUUCAUUAAUGGCAACUCAUCUUCCCGACCACUUCAAGUGUCCAAUUUCGCUAGAAAUAAUGUCGGACCCUGUCAUCCUCUCUUCGGGUCACACCUUCGACCGUUCCUCAAUCCAACGGUGGCUCGACGCUGGCCACCGCACAUGUCCAAUUACCAAACUACCCCUCCCAGACCAACCUUCCCUCAUCCCCAACCACGCUCUCCGAAGCCUAAUCUCCAACUACACCUUGCUCUCACCCCUUCACCAAAACAUUUCCCUUUCCCACCCCGAAACCCUAAUUUCCACCCUGGCUUCUCCCUCUUCAACCCUCGAUUCCAAAAUCGACGCGCUGCGCCACCUCACGCGCCUCUCCAAGCGCGACUUUGUCUUCCGCCGCCGAUUAACAGACUUCGGCGCCGUCUCCGCCGUCCUAGCCGCCGUCGACGAUCCCCUCUUGCAGGAGAAGGCGCUCCCGCUUCUCCUCAACCUCACUCUCGACGACGACUCCAAAGUCGGCCUCGUCGCCGAGGGCGUCGUGGCGCGCAUCGUCGCCGUACUCCUCUGCGGCGCGUCGCCCGAUUGCCGCGCAGUCGCGGCGACGAUCGUCACGAGCCUCGCCGUGGUGGAGGUGAACAAGGCGACGAUCGGCGCGUUCCCGGCGGCGAUCGGAGCACUGGUGGCGAUUCUCCGGGAAGGCAAGGGGAGGGAGAAGAAGGAGGCGGCGACGGCGCUCUACGCGCUCUGCUCUUUUACCGAUAACCGGAGACGAGCGGUGGAUUGCGGGGCUGUGCCAAUUUUGCUGAGGAAUGUGGAUUGUGGGCUUGAAAGGGGUGUUGAGGUUAUUGGCGUUUUGGCAAAGUGUAAGGAAGGGAGGGAACAGAUGGAAGGUUAUGAUGGAUGCGUGCAGAUUCUGGGUCGUGUUUUGAGGAAUGGUAGCUCAAGGGGGAUUCAGUAUGCACUGUUGGCACUCACUUCGCUUUGUUUUUAUAGCCAGCGAAUGGUUUUGGUGGCUCUUGAAGAAGGGGUUCUGGAAGUUUCUUUUGGGUUGUUGGAAGAUGAUAAUGAGAAAGUGAGGAGGAAUUCCUCUAAUUUGAUUCGGGUUCUGCGUGGCAACAAUCACCACCGGCUGAAGUGAUGAUGGUGGAAACCGAAAAGUCUCAGUUUUGAUGAGAAGAAAGAUUUGAUUGUAUCCUCUGUGGAGGUGAGUUAUUAAUUUUUUUUUUUUUGGGGUUUGUUGAUUCUGCCUUGUUGGGUGGGUCCUCUGUACAAAAUGGAUAAAAAAGAUCAAUUUUUUGGUUGUGAAUGUGAUAGGGUUCUUUUGUAUCUUGUAUAUUGAAUAAUGAUGAUGGGCUAGCUCUCUGGUGUUAGUUUAGCUUUUCUAAUGGGAAAGGUUAUGAUUGAUCCUUUGAAAUGUAGUGUCAUAGUUCGAUAGUUUCUACUGGCUUCCUCUCAAUUCUGCUAUA